CGCGAGAUGCGGUUGCCUUGGCUCCCUGUAGCUAUAGCAGCGCCCCGGAGGAUGCGCGGCAGCGGCGAGGUUCUGGAUGCUGCUGAGGGGCUCCUCCUGAAGCGAAGCGGAGGACUUUCCAGCCCAGCUAGCCAUUCCACUUGCAAGAGGAAAAACAGUAGAAGAAACCAUUCAAGUCCUAUGUGGGAAGUUAAAAGGAACUUCAAGAAGACAAUUUCUGCUCAAAUUAAUGGAUGGUAUUCUUUAAUCCCUCCUUUCUUUAGCCUCCAGGAAGCAAAACUGCCUAUAUCAAUAUUCCGGUAAGGAACUAUACGCAACUAGAAGCAAGUGCUUUAAGGUUUGCCCACAGUCUUUGUUGAUCUGUGUUCAGACUAAGAAGAGUAAAACAACAAAACAACAAAAACUGAAGACAGUUAUUUUUGCUUGUUUUCAACCCUUUUCAAGCUGUAGCAUUAUAAUAUUUGUUGAAGUCACUAAAGGAUGGCACAGCACCACUACUACUUUUGAAGACCAUGGACUCGUUUAUCUUGCCUUCUGUCUUUUCAGCUACUAAGUGUUGCCCUAUAUAAACUCUAGUUUUAUUAAAGUAUGACUGACUGGAUUUAAAGAAAAAAUACAAUGUACAUAAGCCUUCAUGAAGUACAAAGGAGCAAUCUGGAAAGUUGUCUUUUUUUUUUAGCAUCGUCCAAUUUAGUUCUCAUUUUAAAUCAAGAGAAGGACAUUUUUGGACUUAAAUGCAGGUGUAAAUCCAUCUGAGCACUACAAAUCUAAAUGUGAAACAUGUCUUGGAAGAGAAAUUAUUUUUCUGUGGGACGGGGAACUGUACAAGGAAUGUUUACUCCACGUAAUACAACAUCUAUAGCACCAAGUAAAGGUCUCAGCAAUGAACCUGGACAGAACAGUUGCUUCCUGAAUAGUGCAUUACAGGUUCUGUGGCAUCUUGAUAUUUUUCGACGCAGUUUUCGGCAACUUACAACGCACAAAUGCAUGGGAGAUUCCUGUAUAUUUUGUGCCCUCAAAGGUAUCUUUAACCAGUUUCAGUGCAGCAGUGAAAAAGUAUUACCUUCUGAUGCUCUUCGUAGUGCUCUUGCCAAGACUUUUCAAGAUGAACAACGUUUCCAGCUGGGCAUCAUGGAUGAUGCUGCUGAGUGCUUUGAGAAUCUCUUAAUGAGGAUUCACUUCCACAUUGCAGAUGAAUCUAAAGAAGACAUUUGUACUGCCCCUCAUUGCAUUUCACACCAGAAGUUUGCUAUGACUUUAUUUGAGCAGUGUGUCUGUGCCAGUUGUGGUGCCACUUCUGAUCCAUUGCCCUUUAUCCAGAUGGUGCAUUAUAUCUCAACCACCUCACUCUGCAACCAGGCUAUUUGCAUGCUGGAAAGACGAGAGAAACCCACUCCAGAUAUGUUUGGAGAGCUGCUACAGAAUGCCAGCACCAUGGGUGACUUAAGAAACUGCCCGAGCAAUUGUGGGGAAAAAAUUCGCAUUCGUCGUGUGUUGAUGAACUUUCCACAGAUAAUCACGAUUGGACUGGUGUGGGAUUCAGAUCAUUCUGAUCUGGCAGAGGAUGUCAUUCACAGCUUGGGCACUUGCCUUAAACUGGGAGAUCUCUUCUUCAGAGUAACAGAUGACAGAGCAAAACAGUGUGAACUGUAUUUGGUUGGAAUGAUAUGCUACUAUGGAAAACAUUACUCUACCUUCUUCUUCCAAACAAAGAUUCGUAAAUGGAUGUACUUUGACGAUGCCCAUGUCAAAGAGAUAGGCCCCAAAUGGAAAGAUGUUGUGACGAAGUGCAUUAAGGGGCAUUAUCAGCCCUUGUUACUACUUUAUGCAGAUCCAAGAGGAACUCCAGUAUCAACACAGGAUCUGCCCACACAGGUGGAUCUACAGCAGUGUACCAGAACUUACUAUGACAGUGAAGAUUCAGGACGUGAACCUUCUAUCGCUAGUGAUACUAGAACAGACUCCUCUACAGACAGCUAUCCCUACAAACAUUCCCACCAUGAAUCUGUGGUCAGUCAUUUCUCUUCUGAUUCUCAAGGCACUGUCAUUUACAACAUGGAAAACGAUGCAGCUUCACAAAGCAGCAGAGAUACAGGACACUUGACUGACAGUGAAUGUAAUCAAAGGCAUAUUUCCAAAAAGAGCUCACUGACAGACCGUAAGAGGAGCUCCAGCAAAUCUCGGAGAAAGGGAGAUGAGUCACAGCCAUCAGGAUAUCACAGUGAAGGGGAAACACUGAAGGAGAAACAAGCCCCUAGAACUGCCCCUAAGACAUCAAGCAGCACCAGCAGGCUAAGAGAAUUUAAAGAAACAGUCAGCAACAUGAUCCACAACAGACCAUCACAGACAAAUCACAGCUCUCCACGAAGAGGAAAGGAUCAGACUGAAAAACCCAGAGUUUUGCCUGUUCAAUCUCGAGACUGGGAAAUGGAGAGUACUAGUAGUGAAUCCAAAUCAAGUUCUUCUAGCAAGUACCGUCCAACUUGGAGACCCAAAAGGGAGUCACUGAAUAUAGACAGCAUCUUCAAUAAAGAAAAGAGGAAGCAAUGUGGCUACACACAGCUCAGUCCCUUCUCUGAAGAUGCAGGUAAAGAAUUUAUGGAAGAUGAACUAAAAGAGCCAGUCACUCAAACAAGACCAAGCCAGUCAAACAGGUAUAAGCACUGGGCCCUAGGUCGGGGGGCACACUAUAUGAUGGAUCAACAUCCUCGUCUGAUUCAAAGGAUGGAAUCUGGCUAUGAAAGCAGUGAACGCAACAGUAGUAGCCCAGUCAGUAUGGACAUGCCUUUGUCGGAGAGCUCUAGCACUUCUAGAGAUUCCCAUAUUAAACGAACUGGAGCUUUUGUUCCUGCCUGGCGUAACAUACCCAAAUCACAUAGCAGCAGCAUCUUGGAGGUUGAGUCUGUCCCAUCUGCUUCUUGCUGGACGAAGAACAAGCACUGCAUUGGUAAUGGUGAGGAGAUACUUGUCUCUUCCAAAAGUGAACUAGAUGAAUUACAAGAAGAGGUAGCAAGAAGGGCUCAGGAACAAGAACUCCGAAGAAAGCAGGAGAAGGAACUGGAGGCAUCAGUGGGCUUUAAUCCUCGUCCUAGCAGGUUCAUGGACCUGGAUGAGCUGCAAAACCAGGGGAGGACUGAUGGCUUUGAGAGGUCUGUGCAGGAGGCAGAUUCAGUCUUUGAAGAAUCACUGCAUCAAGAGCAGAGGGGAGACUGUGCUGCAGCUUUGGCUCUCUGUAAUGAAGCUAUAUCUAAACUAAGACUUGCCAUGCAUGAUGCCAGCUCUAGCACUCACAGCAGAUCUCUAAUCGAUAAGAAGCUGCAAAUCUGUAUCCGAAAAGAGCGGAGUCUCCAGGAUCGCAUGCAGCAACAGCAGCCAGCACAGCCGCCGCCCACCUGCCACCCACCAAGGGGGGGCAACAUGACCCAUUCUACAAGUGAACAGACUGUCGCGCUCCAAGUAUUGCUGAACCAGAAGAUAGCACCGGAACCCAGCAGGGAAGCAGAACUUGGGCCCAAUUCUUACUUCCAUCCAACUGUUUCCCAUCAUGAAAUGUAUUCAUCACAUGCCAACGCCUUUCUCCCACCUCCUUCUGAAAGCAGCCCCUCUCACAAGACUUCUCUGAACUUUCAAGCUGCUUCUGCUGGAAACAGUGACCAAACUCUCUCUUUUUCCUGUAUACAUGGGGUGGGUGACAGAUCCAUUCAGACCGAGAAUGAAAUCCACUGUGAUGUGGAGCUUGAGAGAGUCUCUUCCAUUAGUCUAAAAGAGGAUAAGGAUUGCAGCAAAAACAAUAAACUUGAAGAAGUACAUAAUGUAACAGCUUCUCUCACACCAUAUCGCAAAAUGAAAUGUAACAUGGUAAACUCUGGAUCUUUGCCUACACUCUUCCCAUCUUCACAUUCAGUGCAGCUGCCAUCUGACAAAAUUGACUUACAUAAUCCAUGCUUCAAAACGUCAAACUUAUCAGAAUGGCAUAAUGUUGCUCAACAAGGGGCUAAUCAUGCCAUGACACUGGCUUCUCACUCUCCUUUGCCACAUCGUCCUCCAGAUCCAUUACCAGCUACUAACAGAUACCUCAGAACAAAUAGCGAUGAGAGCUUACACCUCCCACAGGAAGAAUUUGUAAAUGGGGAUUCUCUGAAGUCUGAGAAGAUCCAUACCAAGGGCCGUGUUCGCUUGCUUGCAGAACAGUUCCAGCAGCCGCAGGGGGUCUCCCAGAGGGAAUGCAUAUAUGGGAAAGAGAGGAAAGUGCCUGUCUAUCACAAUCAGAAUGAUCCAAAAUUACUUCAGGAAUCCUACAGCUGUCCAUUCCUUGAUAAUAGGCAGCCAGUUGUUGAACAACAAGAGAAUGGAAUGUGGCCUGAUGAAAAGUUGAAUUCAUGUUUGAGUUCUAGGGAUGAGUUGAGUUCUAAAGGUUGUUUUGGUGCUCACAAUAAAAUUUCUAAGACUUCUGAUUCACAAAACAAAGAUCCUUGUUUCUAUCCGGGAAGGUUCGAUCAUGAGGGAGAAGUGAGACAGGCUAACGAUAGAAAUCAUGCUGGCUCAAUUGCAUCUAUGCCUGUAGACUGCUGGCCAAACAGUGUUAACAAGUAUUAUAGCUCUCAAGUGGAUUGCAAGAAUACCAGCUGGUCACCUGUGUCCAAACAAAUAACUUCUGGUGAAGAUCUAAUGCAGAAGCACCCACAAUGGAAUCGAGACACAGAGCUGGAAAUUUCUGAGCUGGAGUCUUUAUAUCAGGCUAGCUUGCAGGCACCUCAAACAAGCCAACCUGUGUUGGGGAGGCUGGAUAAUUCCUGGCAUCUAUUAGGCACAAGAGCAUCUGCAAACCUACCUACAAGAAAGAUGCACAGUGCAACUUGCAUGGGUCUGUCAAAAACUCCAACAGCAGAAAUCGAACGUAACCUAUACGGAACUAUUAUAUCUCCAUUCUCUAAGGUACCAUACACAAGAAACAACAGCAAGGAACCAGAAGAGGAAAUGUACAGUGCAGAGAACUUCCGUCGCAUUGCACGUAGUCUCAGUGGGACAGUCAUCACAAACAAGGAAGAGACACUUGUUUCUUCCCACAGUUUUGAAGUGGCCAGUGAAAGGAAAAUGCCAGUGGAAGCCAGACACCGUUCUUCCAGCACCACUUCCCUCACUUUCCCUCACGAUUUUCCUUCUGUGUUACCCUUUGAUCCCCAACACUUUUCAACCCAACUGCAGCACCUCUCUCACGAUGCACCAGUGCCUAGCAUGGUGGGCAAGUCACAUAGACAAUCAGGAAAUCAGAAGAACAUCCAAAAAAUUCUGGCUGUGCCUGACAGGGGUGAAGCUUUCCAAGGUGAAGACAACCCAGGUCUGGCAAUGAGUUAUGGGAGCCCCAUUUACCGACAGCAGGGCCUGUCUUCUCAAGGGCAGAAAACGCUUCUUAGUAUGCAUUUAGGGACUGAAGAAGCAUCAAGCAUCUCUGGUCAUUGGCCGCAGAUGAAUCACACUGCCAGACAAACAGCAACACUACCAGACAGACAAGCUGAACAUUGGAGAUAUGCUGCCCAGAAAAGCAAAGGAUCACAAGAACAUUUACUCCAGCAGCCAUUUCAGCAAGGAAAGCAAGAGGCUUGUGCCACUGACAACAGGCCACCAGUUGACAGUACUUUAUGCGCCUCACAUGGGGCUUCAAGAGACAUAGGUAGCUUUCAGGGUUGUCCUGUGCCUCCCCAGUAUGCUAAGCCUCCAGGUCCUAGGAGGGUAGAUAUGCCACCAGAUGAAGACUGGCGGAAGUAUAGUUAUGCCCCUCAACCUGGAGCAAGAAGGAUUUUACCAGUGUACUCAAUGGAUGGAACUUAUUCAUCCACUUCUGAGAUGCACCGAAAGGUGUUGGCUCAUGUAGCUGCUGCCUCCAUGCACAAUAGUGGCUGAUGAAGUCUCAGCUUUCAGAGAUGGUUGCUCCCUUGUGAAAUAGGUUUUUUGAACUGUUGUUAUUGAAAUGCAGUUGAUAACAAGACUGCAAGCUCUUUCUCAGCCAGUGUCUAUGCCAGUCUUGUCUUUAAAAGUAUCUAUAAAAUAAGUGGAAACUAAUUGCACUGUGUUUCUGUUUCUGUACUACCGAAUCACUGUCUUAUCAGAACUUUUCAGCAGCUCCAUUCCCAGCCUCUCUCCAUAGGAAAUGGUUUAAGGCUCACUAGGAGAGGAAGGAGAGUAAGAUUUUCAAAUAGAUGGAAAAGAAACCCCUCUGUUGACAACUGGCUGCAUUUUCAAGGACCAUGCCAUGUAAACUCAUACUAGUAGACACACUUGCCAAGCUACUGUUUGGUUUUCCAUUGUUUUUCUCUGUUAGAUGAUAAAAAAGAAACAAAGGAACUUUCUGUGCUCCCCUAAGUUAAAAAUCUGUCAGUGCUAAUGGGUUAAUGAGGCAAAUGUAUAUUUCUUUUUACUGAGAUGUUAGGCACAAUUGACUGUUGUAGAUGCUAGUGCAGAAGUGGAAAGAAGGCAAAGCUCAAGUAUAAACUACUAGUCCUUCUCCCAUUUUUUCAAAGUGACUAACAGUGUUUCAAAUUGCAAAGACUGUUAAGGCUGCACAGAAUAACAUUGUAAACACAGAAUUGCUCUAACUAUUUUAGAGUCAAACGUACUUGCCUUUGUAAGUAUUUUUCAAAUAAAUCU